AUAAUAAAAAUAAAUAGAAGCUCUUACGGAACUACAUUUACAAAAAAAUUAUUGCGAACACACUAGCUAUUAGUAAAACUCAAUGGAUAGCGCAGUGAAAACCGUGGAAGAAGUUUUGAAUUAAUCGAUCGUCAUUUUAAUCAUUCAUAAACGUAAUUUAAUGUUUCUCUUUCAAAACGUCAUGUUACACUUUCUAUAGAUUUAUUAAAAAUGUAAUUUCACUUACUGUCUAUAAGUUAUUUUGAAUCCAAAAUUUUGUUUAGUUUGUUGUAGCGGGAUUUCUUAGCUGUUAAAAUGAAAAGCAGAACAACUCACCUGUCUUUAAUGCAAUAACUUGACAUGAAAUGAAAUUUAAAAGUUAGUUAUCAAAGCGAGAUUUCUUGAAUUGGUUAGGAAAACUAAUUUGAUUAAAAAAUAUGUCCUUUGAUUGCCUAAGCAAUGAUACUAAACCCCUGGAUGCUUACCAUCAAACAGUAGAAGAUUGUUGUAAGCAUACCAAAGCAAUUCGAUAUGAAGUAAGUACAUGCCAUAGCAUUGAAGAUAAGCUGGUGUAUGUCAAGCGUAAAGAUCCUGUCGAGAUUGACUUGAGAAUAUUUAUUUACAGCAUUGAAAACAUUAAUACACUCAGACAAGAAAUGUUGUGUGAGUUUCUUUUGUCUGCCAAUUGGUUUGAGCAUAUGCCUUGGUUAAAUAAUACAGUUGAAAACGAAGUAUGCUGGUCAAAAAUGUGGGAUCCAAGACUAUAUUUUCCAAAUGCAAUAGAAUUAAAGAGCUCUUUAAAUAAGACAAUUGUUUUUGUUGAUAAUAAGAGGAAAAGAUCAAUGAUACAAUGGUCAUAUCGAGUGAAAGGAAGAUUUAAAUGUCUUUUUGAUAUUACCAAGUUUCCUUUUGACGAGCAACUGUUAAGCAUUAAUGUCUCUUCUUAUUGGAACGACACAAUUGUCAAGUUCAGGCAAGAAACUUCAAUAGGCAAUAGUAUUAUAAACGCUUUGCAUAACUUUACUGACUGUGGGCAAUGGGAGUUGCAAAAAUAUAUAUUAAGUGACGUGGUUGAUCCUAAAAAUACUUCGUCUUCCUCAGAAAUGAAAGAACCGCUUUUUCAGUUUUUUGUUCACGCUCGAAGAAAGUACAAAUAUUAUCUUUGGAAUAUAGUUGCCAUGGUAAAUAUGAUUUCAAUUCUAGCGUUUACGUGCUUUGCAAUUGAUAAACAAGAUAAUGGAAAAAGACUGAGCGUAAGUUUAACUUUGUUAUUAACAGUGGUGGCCUUUAAAAAUUUUGUAUCUUCCAUUUUACCAAAAGUAUCUUACUUGACUUUACUUGAUAAGUACGUACUGAUUAAUGUUGGUUUCAUUUUCCUUGUGUCUAUAUUUAACGCAGUGAUAGGUAAACUUGAUAGACCCGAAUAUGAUUUUGCAUUUAUGUUUGUUUUAAUUGGACUGUACGCAUUGUUUCAAAGUAUAUUUCUUUUUAUGUCUUUGAAAGCUGUAAAAGUGUCUCGAGAAAAGUUCAACGAAAGAUAUAUUGGAGAAUUCGGUCUAAAAAAUGUUAUAAAGAAGGCAACAGAAAUUUUUAAACUUCCAAUUUGUAAUAUUGAUGAUAGUCGUAUAAAUCCUUUCAGUGAUAAUCGUACUCCAAUGACACCGAGCAUUAGCUUAAGGCUUCCAAAAUUUGUAGCCAGCCGUAAACAAUCAUUUAUAGAAUCUACACACUAUAUCCAAGGUGAAAAUGAUUGUUUAUUAGAUUCGCCGCCACUUUUAAGUCAUUUUGAAGAUAAGAUAUUCAUGGAAUCUGAUUCUGAUCUUGACCAAGAAGAAGAUCAUUUAGAUAUAGGAGGAUCAAUGGUAUGUUGACAAUUUUAACAAAUAUAUAUAUAUAUAGAUAUAUGAACUUUAAAGAUGAUGGCUCGAACAACAGAUGAAAACGUAAUGUACAACUUUUAACAAUUCCACACAAAUUGAUGUUAUGAAAAGAUUAAUUACAAAGUCGUACUGUAAACUUAAUUACGUUUUUUAAACCAUUUUGUCGUGCUGCUUAUUACCCCAUUUGAAAACAGUAGUCUUUGACUGUUAAAUUAGUUAAAUUGGACCAUGCAAAGUAUAAAUGUUUAAAUAACUAUUAUGUGGAAUUAUUAACUCGCAAAGAUAAUACAAAAUUGGUAUUUAAAGUGUUUUAAUUUUGAAUUUUGAG